UCGCCGAUUCUCGGCGACGCGGACUCGGAGGCGACCUGUUGGUCGGUGGCGGUGGACUCCGACGCGGGCGGCUCCGGGGCCUUCGGCCCCGACGCCUUCGCGCUCGGGGUGCUGGAGGCGCUGGCCGAGACCGGGGUGCUCGGCGACCUGCUGCAGGAGUCUCCCCGGCCACUGCGAGCGGCCACCCGGCGCCUGCCGAGCCCUCCCCGCCCCCGCGGCCCCCGCACGCCUCCUCCGCGCGGACGGCACCAGCGGCGCGGGGCUCCUGGCGGCGCUCCGGGACAAGGCCGCCCGUGGCCUCGCGCUGUGGCAGGCCGCCUCCGAGCAGGACGCGCGGGCGCGGGGCGCGCAGCGGGAUGCCCCGGCCGGCGGCGAGGGGGCCGCGGUGCGCGGCGCCGCCCCGGAGGCGGGCGGUGGCCGCCAGGAGUCGUUGAAGGCGGCAGCCAGGGGCGCGCUGGCGAACGUGCUGUGCACGGUCGAGGACCAGGAGGACGACGAGCCGGGCGAGGCCGACGAGCCAGACGCGGCCGAGCCGGACGAGGCCACCCCCGAGGGCCAUGGCGCGGCCGACUUCGAGUCCGAGUUCCUGGCCGCGUGCCGGAGCGGCGCGGCGAUCGGCGUCG